CACAAGAAUGGAACAAUAAGUCCCGGUAGCCUGUGGGUUUGCACCGCACGUGCUGUUGAUCCCGUGGUGUCACAGCGGGGACGGCCGAAGUCUCGUUCCGGCAGGGAUCAGAAGGCUGAUAAAUUGUCGGCAUUGGUUGCCGUCAACCCUCCCAGUCCCGGAUUGUGUACAUUUCAGAUUUGACAAUCUGUUAUCUCUCUUUCGCCCACAACUCCACAGAACUGGCUGUUAGCAUUCCCUGCUUCCUUCAAGCAGCAUGGGGGGCCGUCCUGAUUGGUCCCGAUGAGCGCGAGGGACCGCCUCCACUGCCCCUGGGCCAAUCCUCAUGAAAGCGCGCAGCUGACGUGUGAUGCUACGGGAGGGCUCUUAUGUUGGGGCGACCUGACGCGGCACACCGUUGCGAGUUAAAUGGAGGAGCGGGAGAGAAGCAGGUCCCCGUCCCGCAGGGCCAGCCGGGUGGAGCAGGUGGUGGGCCGAUGGCUGCGACGCUCCCGGGACUCCAUCAGCAGGGAGAGGAAGUCAUCGGACAGCAAGUCCGGCGGAGCCAGCGGAUCCGGCCACCAGAACGCACCUGUCAGGGUGACUGUGCAGAUCCAGCGUGACCCGCUGCUGGGCUCCCACGGGUUCACUGUCGCCGACCAGCUCCCUCUGCUGGUGAGGGACGUCACUGCAGGUGGCCCGGCGGAUGGGAAGCUUUUCCCUGGUGAUCAGGUGCUGAAGAUCAACAACAUUGUGACAGAGGACCUGUCCUCCGAGCAGGCAGCCGAGAUCAUCAGGGAGUUGGAGGAUUCUGUGAACGUGACGGUCCUCAGGCACUCGAUGGGCCCAAAGUCUUCCUUCAUGACUGCAGAGAAAAGGGCACGUUUGAGGACUAACCCGGUGAAGGUGCGCUUCGCAGAGGAAGUAGUGGUCAACGGUCACGCUCAGGGAAACUCGAUGCUCUUCCUGCCCAACGUCCUGAAGGUGUACCUGGAGAACGGCCAAACCAAGGCCUUCAGAUUUGAGGCCACGACCACAGUGAAGGACAUUGUGCUGACCCUGAAGGAGAAGCUGUCCAUUCGCUGCAUCAGACACUUCGCCCUGGUCCUGGACCAGCAGUACAGCAACUCCAGACUACUGCUGCUGCAUGAGGAGGAGCUAAUCCAGCAGGUGGUCCAGCGGAAGGACUCCCAUGAUUACCGCUGUGUGUUUCGGGUCAGCUUCCUGCCCAGGGACCCGAUGGACCUGCUUCAGGAGGACCCUGUGGCCUUUGAGUACCUCUACCUGCAGAGCGUCAGCGACGUGCUGCGGGAGCGCUUCGCCGUGGAGAUGAAGUGCAACACGGCACUGUGCCUGGCGGCGCUGCACAUGCAGGAGAGGCUGCACAGCUGCGGGCAGACGCACCGCGCCUCCGUCAAGAGCAUCACGAAGGACUGGGGCAUUGACAACUUCAUCUCACCGACCCUGCUGAGGAACAUGAGGGAGAAGGAUCUGAGGAAGGCCAUCAGCUACCACAUGAAGAAGACCCAGUCCCUGCUGGAGCCAAAGCAGAAGAUGAUAUCAGCAGCUCAGGCGAGACUGAACUACCUAACCCAGCUAGGGGAGCUCCAGUCAUACGGAGGGAAAUUCUUCACAGCCACCAUGAUGUUUCAGGACAGAGAGUCUAUGGUGAACCUACUGGUGGGGGCCAAGUACGGCAUUAGCCAGGUGAUCAACCACAAGCUGAACCUCGUGGCCACCCUGAUAGAAUUCAACAGUAUCAGCCGAGUGGAGCUCAUGCCGGAGUCUGAUAAGGUCAGCCUGGUCAAGAUCUACCUGCCGGACGCCAAGCCCAUGGUUUUACUGAUGGAGUCUGUGGCCGCCAAAGACCUGUCCUGCCUGGUGACCGGCUACUGCAGGCUGCUGGAACCCGAGCAGCCAUCCUCCUCCUCAGCUGACCAGCCCAAGGCACAGCGCGUCUCCGCUGAGGAAGGUUAUGUAUCGCCACGCUGCAGUGAUUCAGAUGUGCCUGUUGAGGUGGACCCCAGUGCCAACGUUGUGGCGGACCUGCCCUUCCCUGGCAAUGACACUGGGGCGGCACUGUUGAUCGCAGAAGAGAAGCCGAAGGAGGAAGAGGAGGAGGAAGAGAAUGCUGAAGUGGGGCGGGCAGAGGACACUCCGGCAGCAGUGACAGGGAUGGAUGAGAUGGAUGAGGUGCGAAUCACGGAGGACUUGUUGUUGGAGUUGUCCGACUGGUGCUACACAGACUCCCGUAUCGACGCCAGUUUCUCCAGUGACUCCAUGGAAGCCCUGGUGGAGGACGGCCUGGUACCCCGUGCCCUCGGUGGCCUGGCAAACCACCCAGAGGAGCCUCGCUCUCACCUGCUGAACGUACCUGCACAACAGGAGAUGAAGGAGUUGGCUGCUGCCCCGGAGGUUGUUUUCCUGGAGGAUGUUACCCCGGAGACUGCUGCCCCGGAGACUUUUGCCCCGGAGACUUUUGCCCCGGAGACCGUUGCCCCAGAGGCUGUUGCCCCAGAGGUUGUUCCCCUGGAGGAUGUUGCAAUGGAGACCGUUGCCCCAGAGACCGUUGCCCUGGAGGCUGUUGCCCCAGAGACCGUUGCCCUGGAGGAUGUUGCCCCGGAGACCGUUGCCCCAGAAGCAGUUGCCCUGGAGGUUGUAGCUCUAGAAUCCACUGCUCCUCAUGCCACCAAAAUUGAUAACGAGGAGAAUGCUUUUCUGUGCUUUGCUGACCUGUCCCGCAUGGCCGACUGCUUGCCCAGUCCCCCUGAGGCCAGUGAAGAGGAGGAGGAGCAGUUUGGCUCCGGCCUCCCCCCUCUCACAGACAGGCCGUUCACCUUUGGGAGAAACAGCCCGCAGCACUGCUACAACGUCUGUUCCGAAGCCACGCCCAACAGUGCUUGCUGCCUGCCCAAACCGCAGCCUCACUGCACCCAGGAGGAAGAGGAAGAGGAAGAGAAGGAGGAGGAGGAAGAGGAGGAGCAGGACCCUCCGAACAACUCAAAUCCAGCACCCACACUCCAGGACCCACCUGGUUUCGGGGACAGUAGCUCCGAGGACGAGUUUUUUGAUGCAUCUGACAGAUUCACCUCACCAGUCCCAGUGGAGGAGACCACCUCAGAAGACUACAGAGAUGCAGACAGCACGACAGGAACCUGGGACCUGGAGGAUGGAGAGAGCGGCGAGAGGGAAGAGGAACGAGGCCGAGAAGGGAGGGAAGAGCGGCGAGAGACAGAGCCGGGAUCCUCAUGUUUUGGUAAAAGGUGCCGUAAACGGCGCUCCUUCAUGGAGGCAGGCUUCACCUCGCAAGCGUCCUCCACUGAGCUGGACGAGCCCAUGGGUGAGGAGGGGCAGCCGUGCCCUGAAGGCGGUGAGGCCUCGGACCAGCGCCCCCGUUCCACCGUCACCUCCCCAAACAAUCCAGAGGGGGAACCAGCACCUGUGGAGUCCAACCCUAUCCUGAACUGUGACCCUUGUUUGGUAGGUCCUCAUCCUGGUGACAACGUGGUGUCCAGUGAAGCCAAGCAGCUGCCCUCCAGCGUCAUGGAGAUGGAGCUGGACACUGCAGAGUAUACGCUGGUGACGGGGUUGCUCCCUGGAGCCUCUCUGUCGAUUCUGACUGCAUGCACAAAAGUAGAGACGGAGAACAGGCAGAACCUCGGUUCCGAGGGGGAGGAAAAUGGGGAGGGAAGCUGUGCUACUUAUCCUGUAGACCCUCCAGAUUUUCCACGGUCUGACCCAGAUCAGGGUGACUCAGCCAUCAGAGACACUGAGAAGGAUAAGCCUGGAGCCCUCCUCAAUGAAGAACAUGACCCAGGACCACAGUUAGGAUGUCCUGGGCAGCAAAUUCUCCCACGUUCUCAUUCACUAGAAGACGCAGUAGGAGGGCUGUCAUUGGCAAAGACUGUCCCCCCUCCACUGCCAGAAUCAUUACCUCCUCAUUCAUCUGUACCCAUAAUCCCCAGCCCUGAGGAGGCAGAGAUAAAUGCUAAUGAGGUAUACCUAGAGGGUACAUCUCCCAUUUUAACGUUAAAUUCUCCAAGGAACAACAACUGUUUGGCCCUGCUCAUGAACAAUGGUGUUUCCCUGAGCUGUGAGAAUCUCUUACCCUCAGAAAAAGAGGCUUCUGGAACUUCCAGUGUGGCUGCAAUGGUAGGGGUGGGUGGCCCGACCAAAGAGCCCAGGGUUUUCGACCUCCAGAGCUGCGCUGCAGGCUUAGUGGGCCGCCUCUCCACCUCGACGUUGCGAGGAAAGAUCCAGAGGCUGCCUUGGUACCUCUCCCGAACAAUAGAGCCCCUUGUCAACCAUAACAGCAACUACAGCGCACCGUCAUCAGAGACAAGCCAGGGAACCACUGAGGUAACUGCGGCUGUGGAAGACAACGUCAAGUUUGUGGAGGAAGUCUUGAUGGAGGUCAGCCAAGUGCCAAAGGAGACAGUUGCGCACCCAAAGGUGGCCACUGAGGUCGUCACCAGCCCGCAAAAUGGUGGGCAAGGACCGGCGCCACAGACAGGGGAAAGGAAGGAGUCACAUCAGCCUACAGACUGCCAUACGGCAGCAAGGACAGGGGAAGCCUGGUUGGCCAAUUGGAGGUGCGGGGCUUUAGAACGUUGCGCCUCCGAGCAACCCCACCCCUGGCCCAGAGGGAGCGCUAGCUUUGGGUGCGGCCCAACCUCAGCGCUGGGGUGUCCAUCCGAGCUGGAGGAGACCCGGGGUCACCGGGAACCCUGCGGUUGCCAGACGGUCUACGCCAACUGCUUUAGCGGGCAGCUGGAUGGAGGCGGUUUUGACGAGGACCUGACGGCGCACGGGUUUCCGCGACGGACGCAAGGGUCUGAGGGGGCCCCUCUAAAAGCCACGCCGCCCCCUUUGUCUUCCCCCUCCUCUUCCCCCUCUUUCACCACAGACAUCCUCCCUCCCUCCUCCGCCCCUGAGUUGAGUCCCCAGCCAUCCCCUCUCAAGUCCCCCAACGGCUUCCCGCCAAAGUCCCUAGAGGACACCCUGGACCAGCUGUGCGGCCGUCGCUACAGGUCCCCGGACGGGUUCGCCCUGCUUCAGCGGGACGUCGGGGAGCUACUCGGCCUCCUGCACGCGACCCACGGCCCCGGGACGCCCCACCGCCGGGGCGCCUGCGAGACGGUCCUGUCCGACAGCGGGCUCAUCCUCCACGCCGAGGGACGCAGGCUCAUUCUGGGCUGCCAGCAGGCCACCCGUGAGUGCCAGGCCCCCGAGGAGAUGCUGCAGUGCCUGUCGGAGGGCUUCCACGCCCUGGUGCGGCUCGCCGGCGCCUGCCUGCGCUCGUCCCGCUGCGGUGGCUGCGAGCAGCGCCGCGCCAAGGCCCUGGGCGGCCUACGGGAGGUCGCCGGGGCGUACGGGGAGUUCGCCUGGGCGGCCGAGAGGGCCGCGGUCAUGGACGGCAGCCGCGAGGUCAGCGUCAAGCGGCUCUCCAGGCAGUGCGCCGCGCUCAUUGCUGCCAUGGUCAGCCUCACGCAGCUCUUCUGCACCAUCAGCAUCGUAUGACUCGCCUCACGCUCACCUCUGACCUCUGAACCCUGACCCCCCCAUCUGUGAGACAGACACAGAGGUAUUACGCUGAGAUACCCCUCUCAGACCAGCGGGCUCCAUCUCCCCCAAUGCGAUAGGGAGGCCUAGAGUCUGUUUAUAACAGUGUUAAUGGAGAUUAUAUUGUACAUUCAUGUUAUCCAUUUUAGGAGACUGGGCUCGUCAUCAGGUUUCAAGUGUCUUGCAUCACUUAUUUUCACUGUGUGAUUUCACGUCUCACUCAAUUUCGUCACCAAGUGAAAAAAAUCACUGCUCACCUCUGAUGACCUCGCUCACAAAAUACAUGUGAUCCCUGAUACCCAAUGGCAGAAAAGGUCAUUCUCACUUUUACUCAGAAAAAACAUUCAAACCAA